UGAUUUUUGACACACUUGUCUCAUUUUGUCAAUAGUUCCCCGAAGGUUUCAGUACGAAUUGGUGGAUUUUGCUUACACUCCUCAUCUUCUUGGAUCAUUGAGACAGACGAUCGAACUUGACACUAUUCUCCACUGAUCAUUCUUGAACCAGCUCAAAUCAGGUCGGGCUGGCUUCCAUUAUUCAAUUAUUUAUUUUAUAAAACUUUUUGGAGAAGAGAGCCAAAUAUGUGCAAAGUAAUUUCCAGGUAAAGAAAAUGUCGUCCAGUUUCCCUCCACCUACGCCGGCCACCACCACGAAGAGCAACCUCUUCGCCGCUGUGGAUAUGGGCACAAACUCCUUCAAACUCCUGAUCGUUAGCACUGAUCCCUCCUCUGGUCGCUUUCUCACUCUCAACCAUAUCAAAGAACCCGUACUCCUCGGGCUUGACACCACUACUGCCACCGCUAAGCCCACCAUCUCAGCCGCCUCAAUCCACCGUGCAAUCUCCGCCCUCCUGAAAUUUCAACAAAUUCUUCACUCCCACCGCCUCCCCUCCUCCAAUUACCGCUUCGUCGCCACCUCUGCCGUACGCGAAGCCUCAAACCAGACCCAGUUCCUCGAUUCAGCCCGCGAGAAACUCGGGCACCCGAUAGAAAUCCUCUCUGGCAUCGAAGAGGCCAGCCUCAUUUACCUUGGCGUUCUCCAGUUCUAUUCGGUUUUCCACUCUACGGUUCUUACAAUUGAUAUUGGUGGGGGCUCUACUGAAUUCACAGUGGGCUUUAAGGGAAAAGUGUUGUUCUCUAAAUCAUUGAAAUUAGGUCAUGUAACUUUAACCCAAAAUUUCACCCAAAUUACGAGAAUGCGAGAACACAUUCAGAAAGAGAUCGAAAAUUCUGGUUUAAUCAAGGAAAUUAAGGAGUUUAAGAUAGAUGUAGUGAUAGGUUCCUCGGGUACAAUUAAGGCAAUUGAGAAGGCUGUUUGUAAAGGGUAUGCCAGCAAUGUAGAUGAACAUGUUGGAGUAUUUGAGGAAUUUUAUAAAAGAGAAUGGAAAUUCAGUAGGGAGGAGUUGAAGGGUUUAGUUGAGAGGUUGUGUGAGGAAGAGAAGGAAAUGGGAGGGAGGGGAAGGAGGGAAGGUUUUUUUAAGAGCCGAGCUGGGUUCAUUUUGGCCGGAACAGUUUUAUUGGAUGACAUAUUUGAAAGGCUUGAGAUUGAGGAGAUGGAGGUAUCUGGAUAUGCAUUAGGGGAGGGUGUAAUUACAGAGAUGUUAGGACGGGUUUUCGAGGGAUUUGAUCUGAAUGCGAAUGCUCGGUGGAGGUCGGUGGUCAGACUGGCAUCAAGAUUUAAUAAUAAGAAAAGAAUGAGGGCUGCUGCUAUAUGUGCGGGCAUUGCAAGGGAGAUGUUUGAAGGCUUAAGAAAGUGGAAUGAGCUUCACAACAAUGGUGAGAACGACAGCAAUAAGGUUUUAGUACGGUUGGAUGAAGGUGAUCUCGAGUAUCUAGAAGCUGCUUGUUUGCUUCACAAUAUUGGGUUAUGUACCGGCAAGAAGGGUUACCAUAAGCAAUCUUAUCGUGUUAUUAUGAAUGGAGAUCACCUCCAUGGUUAUAAUCAUAAAGAGGUUGAGUUAAUAGCAUUGCUGGUGAGACACCAUAGAAAAAAGUUUCCAAAAUCUAAUUCUCUUGAAGGAUCUAUUGUAGAGGUAAAGCAGAAAUUUAGAAUCCUGUGUAUAAUUAUACGUGUAUCUACAGCAGUGCAGCAAUGCCUUCCUGUGGAUUUUCAGAACAUGGAAUUUGCACAUUCUCCUGAAGGUUUUGAAUUGGUACUCAGUGAAGCAAGAUACGAGUCUCUAUCCCCUAAUAAUAUGCAGCCAUUAGCAGGAGACAUCAAUGCCUUGCUGGAGAAAGAGUUGGAGCAAUUCAGAAUGGUUUUCAAGAAAAGAUUGGCAAUUGUAGUCGCUUGAAGUAUCUCUUAAUGGUCAGAAUGCAAAAAUUACUCUAUGGCAAUUACCUUAAUCUUUAAUACACUCUUUCCAAUGAUUGUGGUUGCUUCUGAUGAUGGAAUUAUGUUUAGCCUUUGUUUGGGUUUUCCUUGUAAGUUGCUAAAGAUAUAAUGGGAUAGAACAGAGCAUUGGAUAAGUGGGCAAUAGUUGUGAGUCAUUCGAAAUAUGUGGUUAAGAUUAAAGUUUGACUUUGACUUUGACUUUUAAGUUAUAAGGAACUUGUAAGGAGACCCAAACAAAGUCAUUAGUUUGUUGACACUUCUUAUCAGAAACUUCUGUUCUGCUUAAAUUGUUAUCGAUUGGAAUCACUAUAUUAACUUGC